AUGCCAGAAGCUGUUGAAACAAAAGAACUUUCGGCCGAUUAUGAAAAAUUUGCCUUGGAAUAUUUGGGCGAAACUCGUAAAAAGCGCGAAACAGCCCUCAAAGAAUUCGAAAAAUGGAUCGAUGGCAAUAAAAAAAUCGUUGAAUGUCCAAGAGAUGAUUCAUUUUUGUUGCGUUUUUUGCGUGCGAAAAAAUUUGAUGUCGCUGCAGCAGGAGAACUUUUCGAAAAUUAUCUUUUUUACAACAAUUUUUAUCCGCAAUGGUUCAAAAAUAUCUCGACGGGAGAUGAAAUUGUCGCUGAAAUAAUUGACUCUGGUUGGAUUGUUCCGUUGCCAAAAAAGGACAAAGCGGGACGUCAAAUUAUUUUUUAUCGCACGAAACGUUUGGAUCCGGAUCGCGUAACGUCAGCUGAUAUGACGAAGGCGCAAGAGCUCGUUUGUCGUCGUUUGUUGCAAGAUGACGAGGUUCAAAUUGGCGGCGCUAUAUUUUUGUCUGAUGACGCGGAUUUGUUGCAGGAUCACAUUACGAUGUGGACCUUGGUUGACUUUAAGAAGUUCUUUGAUUUUACGUCGAAAGGAGCUCCAAUUAAUUUGGUUGCAAUUUAUCGCAUGAAUUUGCCCGGAUUUGCAAGAUCUUUUUAUGAAGUUGUUGGAACUGUCAUGGGACCUAUGUUGAAAGACAAGAUGAAGAUCAUCACGGAUAACGCUCACUUACACUCCCUCAUCGACCCAAGUCUUCUUCCCUCGGAAUAUGGCGGCGAAUUGGAUUUGAAACAAAUUGAGGAAGACUUCAAAGCAGGAAUUCGUGCCGAGAACCACAAAAAAUUUGAUGUAUCGCCUUUGAAGAUUAGAGAAGAUUUAUUCGAUAAAGAGGCCCUUAUGUCAAUCCGAUCGAAUUUUAGAAAGUUGGAGCUCGAUUAA